AUGUUAAACAAUUCUCCUUCCGAUGUUGAUGGAUUUAUCAUUCGUUAUACUGAAUGUUUUGGUCAUGGAGCAUUUUCGUUUUGUUAUAAAUGUUCAAAUCCGAAAUAUCAAAUACCCUUGUGUGUUAAAGUAAUUACAAUUUUAAUGUUAGAUUAUAUCAGGAUCUCCAAAGACAGAUAUCUCUUUUCAGAGAGAAAUUAAUAUAGUUAAGAAACUAAUCUAAGUAGAUUGUCCAAAUUUAGUGAAACUACUUCAUAUAACCUAAAAAGAAGAUAUAUGCUUUAUUUUUAUGGAAUAUUGUCAAUAAGGGGACUUCUAGAGCGUAAUUCAAAAGAGGGAAGAGUAUGGAAAGAAAUUCUCAGCUCAAGAGAUUAUACAGAUUCUUUGUUAAUUAAUAAAUGGAUACAGGGAACUCUAUAAAUUGGGUAUUAUUCAUAGAGACAUAAAGCCAGCAAAUAUAUUUCUAGGAAACAACGGUUAUUUCUAGGUAUAAUCAAACAUAAAACUAGCUUGGCGAUUAUGGGAUGUCUAAGAUCUCAGAAAACCCUAAUUUUGAAAUGCAAUAGUCUCAAGUUGGAACUCCAUAUUAUGCUGCUCCCUAGGUUCUGAUUGAUGGAGCUUAUUCCAAUAAAUGCGAUAUAUAUAGUGUAUUAACAAUAAUAUAUUUAGUUAGGUGUAUUAAUCUAUUAAUUAGUCUAUUCAUAAAUGCCAAUUAGCUGUCUUGGACUCUUUUAAUUUAUAGAAUCUGUAAAGAAAUCAAAAACUCAUAAAAUUAUAAUAGGAAGCAUCCCAAAAGAUGUAGGAGGGUCUGCAUCUGAAUAACAAUUAUUAUUGAACUUUUUAAAGUCAUCCCUAGUAUAUGAAGAAUCAUCUAGAAUAAGUUGGGAGGAACUGUUCAAAUAGUUUCCAAGUCAUGAUUUUGAUAUUGAAUCUACAAAAGAGAUUAGCCAUUUGAAAUCCUCUUCAGAUUAAUUAUUAAAAUCAUCAAUGUCCACUUAAUCGAAGGAGAAAAAUGACCCAAAUUCUCAAUCGACCUCAAUAGAUAAUAAUAAUGUAUCACAACCCAAAACAACUCAAUUUAUCAGAUCAAACAGCAAACUUUAGAGAGCCAAUCAAACUGGUGAGUUCCCAUAAGCAAAUAAAUAGAGUUAGGUUAACCAAAAAUUUUAACCUUUUCAUAGUGAUAAAUUUAUAUAGAAUCGUUAAGAUUAAAUAAGCUCGCCUGUGAGACUCUUUAAAAUGUAAAAACAGUAUUCAGUUUGCUAAUAAUAGACGAAUGUCUUAGAGAAGAUUUUAGAAUUCUAUCAAGCAAAAUGUACUUUUGCAAAUAAAUUACUCAAUAAAUUUGACAAUACAUUCAAAUAUUUGCAAAUUAAUAAGCUAACCAUGUUUAAAUCAAAUUACACAAUUAUUCUAUAUUUGCUUUAACUCUACAUAAAUGGGUAUCAAUACUCAUGCUACUUAAAUAUCUACACACUUAUCACCAAACGAUUUGACUCUUCAAAACUAUAAAUAUUUUAGGAAUUGAGCUAUGUAGAUAGGCAGAACUUGGAUGAAGAAAUAAGGUAAUUCUUGAAAUGCAAAUCUGAUUAGAAGGAUAAAAUCAGAGAAAAUUGCAAGAAUUAUAAAUAACUGUUUAUGGUAAAAAAUUAUUCUAUAAGUAUUUUAGAUCAAAAUGAAUUAGUUUUAAGAGGAUUAGGGAUUAAUAAAGGAUCCUAAAUUGCUAGAAGAAAUCAAAAAAUUCAAUUUCCAAGAAAGCAUUUGCUCGCCUUAGUUAUAUUAUCUCUAAUUCAAGAAAAUGUUCGCAGAAAUUAAUCUAAAUUUCGAUUUUGAGAAGGAGGUGGAGUUCUUAGAAGAUCACACAAUUGAAUUUAUGGCCUUUUCAAUCAAAUUUAUCAAAAAUGAAGAUAGUAAUUAGGUUAAGUUCCAAUUUUUGAUGGCUGACCCACAAUAACUAGUUCAAUUAAACGAAAGUAAGCCAUCCUUAUUAAGAUUAAUAUACGAAUAUUUUAAAAGAUGA